CCGACCUGUGCGCUCGUUCUCCACGGGCAGAGAUAACGGAAUCUGUUAUGUCAAUUCCAUUACUCCGGUAAGGUUGCGGGGGAACCUGCUCAAAUGUAUAUGUACCAUGGGGCACCUGUAAUCAUGCGGAGGGAGAUAGGUUCUUUGUUUCGUCACCCUGUCUGCAGUCUCUCGGUCCUCUAGUUUCCGGUACCGGCCAAUCUCAGGACCAUAUUGUUUGGACUUUUCAGGCCUGCAGUUGUCCAUCACACUGACACUCUCCGACCACGACAAUGUCCGACCAAAUCACCACUGGAUCCCCCAAGCACGAAAAGAAUUACGAAAACUCUGACAUGGCUGACAACAACGUCUUCGGCGAGGGCGAGGUCUGGGACUCCCAGCGAACGAAGCAGAUCGCCAAAGAUGGUGACGCCCACUUCCACCGCCUGGGCUGGAAGCGUCUCGCAGUUGUCACUAUCGUUGAGGCUAUCGCCCUUGGCGCUCUUUCCCUGCCUCAGGCAUAUGCGACCCUCGGCAUGUUCCCUGGCGUUUUCCUCACAGUCACACUCGGCUGUAUUGCCAUCUUCACCAGCUACAUUGUCGGCCAGGUCAAGCUCAAGUACCCGGAAAUCGCAUCUUACGCUGAUGCCGGACGUCUGCUCUUCGGCCGCUUCGGCUACGAGCUCUUCGGUGCCGCGCUCGUCCUCGAACUCGUCAUGGUCGUCGGUUCGCACGCUCUGACCGGAAGUAUCGCGCUCAUCAACAUCAACGGCGGCCACGUCUGCUCCAUCGUCUUCUCCGCCGUCUCCGCUAUCAUUCUUCUGAUCCUCGCGAUCCCACCUUCCUUCUCCGAGGUCGCCAUUCUGGGUUAUAUUGACUUCGCCUCCAUCCUGAUCGCCAUCGGCAUCACCAUCAUCGCCACGGGUAUCCAGGCCGGCGACAAGACCGGCGGGAUGUCCUCUGUCGACUGGUCCGCCUGGCCCAAAGAAAACCUCAGCUUCUCCGAAGGCUUCGUCGCCGUCUCCAACAUCAUCUUCGCAUUCAGUUUCGCCAUCGGCCAGUUCUCCUUUAUGGACGAGAUGCACACGCCCACAGACUACAUGAAGUCUAUCUGGGCAUCCGGCACGAUCCAGAUCUGCAUCUACACUCUCACCGGUGCUCUGUGCUACGCGUUUAUUGGCAGCGACGUGCAGUCCCCUGCGCUUCUCUCCGCCGGCCCGCUGAUCUCCAAGAUCGCGUUCGGAAUCGCGCUGCCGGUUAUCUUCAUCUCGGGUUCGAUCAACACCACCGUCGCACUGCGCUACAUCCACGGCCGUAUGUUCAAGAACUCGGUGCUCCGGUACAUCAACACCGUCGCGGGCUGGGCGUCGUGGAUCGUGCUGGUCGUCAUCUUCACGAUCAUCGCGUGGAUCAUCGCCGAAGCGAUUCCCAUUUUCUCCGACCUGCUGUCGCUUGCGUCCGCGCUGUUCGUUUCGGGCUUCUCGUUCUGGAUUCCAGCGGUGAUGUGGUUCCGCCUGCUCCGUACUGGAAGUCCGUUCGCGAAGGAGAAUCUGGUGACGAGCGCUGCGUGCUUGUUGGCCUUCAUCAUCGGUAUUGUGACGCUGGGAGCUGGAUCCUAUGCUACGAUUGCGGAUAUCAUCAAGCUUACCACAAAUGGUAGCGCGCAUAGUCCUUUCACUUGCCGAUCGACCUAACUAGAGGAUGAGAUUAGAGCUCUUUCAUGUUAAUGCAUAAUGUUCCCC